CUCAUUCUGGUUUCUAGAGUACAGAAGCUUCAGUAUGCCUGAGCCAGCGAAGUCGGCGCCGGCCCCGAAGAAGGGCUCCAAGAAGGCGGUGACCAAGGCGCAGAAGAAGGACGGCAAGAAGCGCAAGCGCAGCCGCAAGGAGAGCUACUCGGUGUACGUGUACAAGGUGCUGAAGCAGGUGCACCCCGACACGGGCAUCUCGUCCAAGGCCAUGGGCAUCAUGAACUCGUUCGUCAACGACAUCUUCGAGCGCAUCGCGGGCGAGGCGUCGCGCCUGGCGCACUACAACAAGCGCUCGACCAUCACGUCGCGGGAGAUCCAGACGGCCGUGCGCCUGCUGCUGCCCGGGGAGCUGGCCAAGCACGCCGUGUCCGAGGGCACCAAGGCCGUCACCAAGUACACCAGUUCCAAGUAAACAGCUUCUACUGAUGUCAACCAAAGGCUCUUUUCAGAGCCACCCACGUGUGCAAAAGGAGAGCUGUGUCCUUGCAAAAAAAAAAAGAAAAUUGACGAGGAUUGGGCCAGCAUUGAACUGGAGCUUAAAAUAU